CUGGGGCAAUCUUGUGCUGCUGGAUGUCGUUCACAGCCGCCUCACGAACUCGGAACGCUGAUACGCUUGACGGCUCCGCUCGUGACUUCACUCUCACCCAGGGGGGGAGCACAAAGCUGUGGGACAGCCGCUCUUGUCAACUACUCAAGCUGGGAAGUGCUGCGGUUCCUUCUGUCAAACCUACGAUGGUGGAUGGAUGAGUACGGCUUUGACGGCUUCAGAUUUGAUGGUGUUACUUCUAUGCUGUACCAUCACCAUGGCAUGGGCGGAGGCUUCUCAGGGGACUAUAGCGAGUACUUUGGCCCACAGGUGGAUGAAGACUCUUUGGUCUACCUGAUGCUUGCCAAUCACAUACUUCAUACCCUGUAUCCCGACUGCAUCACUGUUGCAGAGGAUGUGUCAGGAAUGCCUGCUCUCUGCAGGGGAGUGGAGGAGGGAGGACUUGGCUUUGAUUACCGACUGGCUAUGGCCAUUCCUGACAAGUGGAUUCAGAUCCUGAAGGAGUGUAAGGAUGAGGACUGGGAUAUUGGCAAUAUCGUCCACACACUGACCAACAGGCGCUAUGGAGAGAAAUGCAUAGCCUACGCAGAAAGUCAUGAUCAGGCUCUGGUUGGGGAUAAGACUCUGGCCUUCUGGUUGAUGGACAAGGAGAUGUACACCAACAUGAGCUCCCUGACUCCCAUGACACCCAUCAUCGACCGCGGCAUACAGCUGCACAAAAUGAUCCGCCUCCUCACUCAUGGUCUGGGAGGAGAAGGCUACCUCAACUUCAUAGGGAAUGAGUUCGGCCAUCCUGAGUGGCUGGAUUUCCCAAGAGAGGGGAACGAUCAGAGUUACCACUAUGCCCGACGGCAGUUUAACCUAUUGGAUAUGGGUAACCUGCGCUACCAUCAGCUUUUCGUCUUUGACCGAGACAUGAACCUAACUGAAGACAAGUACGGCUGGCUGGCUGCCCCCCCGGCCUUUGUCAGCGCCAAGCAUGAAGAGGACAAGGUCAUUGUGUUUGAGCGGGGACGUGUGCUCUUUAUCUUCAACUUCAACCCCAGUAAGAGCUUCCAGGACUACAGGGUGGCUGUAGAAACUCCAGGAACAGCUUUGGGCCAGAGUGAGAUGAAGUAG